UCAAAACAAAAGGGAUGCGGGGGGAGGGGGCAGUUGGCACCGGCUUCUUCCUUUCAUUACCUUUGUACCUUUCCUCUUCUGGUUGCUAAAGGAACAGGGAGUUUUCUUGAAACAAAGAAAAAGCAGCACCUACCAGGUACUCUGUUCACCAAACAUCCUAGCAUAGCUGCAGAGUUGUCAAACAGCCUUGUUGUGGAAAAUGGCCACCAAGGUGAAUGAGCAGAGCCUAGAUGCAUCCUGCAGUGACCCUGCAAAGGAGAGGGAUCCAGGUAGCACCAACAUGGCUGAGCAUCAGGACUUGGAUAGAGGUGAGGCCAAAGCAGCUGGUGAGUGUUCAGGAGGAGGAGCCGAACAUUCGGAGAUGACGCAGCAGCCUACGGAUCAGCGUCAAGCCCCAAGAUUGCAGGUAAAACAAGAAGAGAAACCAAAGACUGAAAAAUCCUUGGUGCCCCCUGCUGCAGAGGCUUCUGUGUCAGUUCCAGUGCUGCCCUUGGGAGAAGGGAAAGGGGCAAAGCGGAUGAUGGAGGAUGAUGAUGGUGAUGCUGACAUCUUUAAAGAAAUGCCGGAUGUCUGCCAGGAGGCCAGAGAGCCAGGAAGGGCCAUGCUCCUACCAGAUCUCUUUGGGGAGGCACAGCAGGCUCAUAGCAGUCUGGCUGCCGGCCGGGCUGGAGGAUGUGCCAAGGUGGAGCAAGCUAUCCCAUGCCUGCCGAAAGUGGGCUCUGAGAACCAGCGCAAACGCUUCCGGGGUUUUGCCUACAAAGAGACUGAAGGGCCCCAAGUGGCCUAUGAGCGACUCCAGGAACUGCUGUUCCAGUGGUUGAAACCAGAGGCCCACAGCAAGGAGGAGAUUAUAGAGCAGUUGGUGCUUGAGCAGUUCCUGAACCUCCUCCCAGAGGAUGUCCAGCGCUGGGUUCGGGAACGUCACCCUGAAAAUGGGGAUGAAGCUGUAGCCCUGGCAGAAGACUACCAGUUUCUGCACCCUGAGCCUGGGAGACGGCCCUACCCAGAAAGGGCAAGGCAACGGUCUUCAGCAAGGAGUUGGCUCCGCUGAAGUCACUGAAUCGGACAAGCAGGACUGGUUAUUGACUGAGAGAAUCAAAGACCUAGUUAUCUACCAAGCUGAGCGGGG